UUCGAUAGAAUCAAGGCGGCUGUUGCGACCGGCAUAUUACUAGUUUACCAACAAAGAAUUUCCCUCUUGUUUGUAACAAACAAACGAAAUUGUUUCGUGAUCAACAAUGGAUAAAUCUAAAUUAUCUGCCGAAGAGGCAAAGUUAUAUGAUAGACAAAUUAGAUUGUGGGGAUAUGAAUCUCAACAAAAAUUACGUGCGGCAAAUAUUUUAUUGAUUGGUAUGCGAGGAUUAGGUUCUGAAAUUGCUAAAAAUAUACUAUUAGCUGGUAUAAAUUCUUUAACAAUAUUGGAUGAUGGAAUUGUGACAGAGGAUGAGGUUAUUACAAACAUUUUUCUUGAGGAAAGCAAUAUAGGCAAAAAGAUAGCUGAGGAGGUUGUGUGUAAGGCACAGGCUUUAAAUCCUUUGGUGAAAAUUGUGGCCGACACUCAACCUGUUGCCGAAAAAGACUUGGAAUAUUUUACAAAUUUUACAUUGGUGGUGGCAAUUGGUGUGAAUACAGAUUUACUCCUGAAAAUUGACAAAGUGUGCCGAGAGAAAAAUGUAAAACUUAUUUGUACUGAUGUCAUAGGUCAUUUUGCUUAUCUAGUUAGUGAUUUUAAUGAUCAUAAAAGUCAUGAUGAACAAGUGGUGUAUUUAGCAAGAUCCCAAAAACGUGGACAUGAGGGUAAAGAGAAAAAAUCAACAGUAAAAUAUGAAUUAGUUUUGAAGUAUCCUGAACUGAAGAAAGUUAUUGUUUUGCCAAAUUCAAAGCAAAGUGUAGAUACCAUUAAAAAUAUAAGGCGUUUAAAUCCCUUAUUCUUUGUCAUGCUAACUUUGAUGGAAUUCAGAAACAAAUUCAAUAGAAUUCCUGAUCCAGAUCAUAAAGACACAGACCAAAAACACAUAAAAAAUAUUUUACAUGACAUACUACAAUUGUAUGAAGUUGAUCCAAAUAAAAUUCCAGAAGAAGCUCUUGAAUAUCUUUAUGGUGAACUUCCUCCAAUUAAUGCCACUUUUGGAGGAACUAUUUCACAAGAGAUAAUCAAAGCUGUUUCAGAGAAUGGAGUUCCAGUAUAUAAUAUCCUUAUCUUUGAUCCUUUAAGCUUCAAUGAAACUGAAAUUGGUAUUGGUGUAACUGUAUAGGUCUAUUUUUUGUAAGAGUAUUAUUUGUGUCAUUAAAUUUAUAUAAGUUUGUAA